GAUGAGUGUACAGUCACACACGACUCACGAGCCAUAUCGGAGUGAGCUUCGGGGACGGUACGAAUAACAAAUCGCGCGGUUUGUUGCGCGUACGCAGGGACGUGUGCGCUCUACAUUUUCGCGCAUGCCCUUAACAUUUUUGCUAGUCAAACAUUCGUGGAUUGUGCUAUUGUGCUGUGAAUAUGAGAUGAUAUUGUGGUAACUAACUGUAUAUAUUUUUAUCGCAGGAGUUUUGACAGCUGACAAGCAACAUGAAUCAACAAUGCAAAGUUUGCGGAGAGCCAGCGGCGGGAUUCCAUUUUGGUGCUUUCACGUGUGAAGGAUGCAAAUCGUUCUUCGGGCGGACGUACAAUAACCUGUCUUCAAUUUCGGAGUGCAAGAAUAACGGGGAGUGUGUCAUCAAUAAGAAGAAUAGGACAGCUUGUAAAGCAUGUCGGUUACGAAAGUGUUUACUUGUCGGCAUGUCAAAGUCUGGCUCGCGGUACGGAAGAAGAUCGAAUUGGUUUAAGAUCCAUUGUCUUUUGCAAGAACAGCAACAACAACACAUGCAACAGCUACAAACUAGCAAGUCACCUCCAUCGUUUAACACUUCUAUAAAUCCUAAUUUCUUACCAAACAAUCUUUUACCUGCAGCUGCCCUAGCAGAAUAUUACAAGAAUUCAGAAAAGACACCAUAUACGGAAGACGUAACGCGACAAAGCGCAACACCUUCUGAUUCUGGAGCUUCAUCUGCCGAUCCAGAAGAUGAUAAUAGCUCUAGAAGUACUAGUGGGCUAAGUAUAUUCAGACCAACAUCAUCUCCGUGUAGUGAUAAAGAUAUUAGACUCCAAGCGGUUAGAUACCAAAAUAAGGAUGUAAGACGAAAAAAGCUUUCUUUACCUCUCUCUUCUUUCGGCAUACCACAACCAAUGGCCACUACGCCUAGCUAUUCACCAAGAACAGGGUCUUUUCUUUCAUCUCCAGUACCCCAGUUACGAGCUAUUCCACCGGAAAUUGUUUGGCAAAAUAGAAACGGUGGUGAUUUAUUUUUGCAUUCACCAGCUGUUGCUGGCGUAGCUGUGGAACAAGAUCAACCAAUAGACCUUUCAAUCAAAUCAACUGCAGUUUUGUUCAGAAGCCCCAAAAAAGACGAAGCUAGUGAUUCAGAGCCCGAACUCAGCAUCGACUUAAGUUCUGAUAGUAAAGACUUGAUGAAAAAUCCUUUAGACUUGAGUAUUGUAUCCAAACGGACUGAAGAAGUGCCCAUGACGGGUUGAGUAGAUAUAGAUUUGUAUAAAAAAUUUCAGCUUUCUCUCUGUAAGUUUAUGAGCUGUUUACAUCAUGUAAAUAAUGAAUUGCAUCGUUAUUCCUAUCUAGUUGAGUACGUCGUGAAAUUUGAAUUUUUAAUAAUCUGCCAUACAGUAUUUUAUAAGUUUGUACAUUCCUUCCUUCUGUAGAAUAUAAUGGUAGUAAUUUAGAGUUAUAUGAUUUUAUAAUAAUUAGUUAGAUAAAUAUUAAUUGGAUAGGUUUCAAAAGCAACUGACACGAAGUGAUAUUUCAAAUGCCAUGAUCUAUAUAAAUAAGUUCAUUUCCGACAGCUCUUAAUUAAGAUGUGUUCUAAUUGAGACAAUUCUACCAAUACAGCAGUUUCGUUUAAAAUUGUUUUUGUUUAUAGACUAAUAAAGAUGAUAUAUAAAGGAUCUUUAAAUUGAUAUUCCACAAGAGUUGUUGCUAAUAAAUCUUUAGCAUCUUCAAUAAAAUUGUUGUUAUCUGAAAGGAUGGCAUAGUUUCCUAAUAGAAUUAGAUUAAAUAUUUUUAUUUGUGCCAGUUAUUAAUGUACGCCAGUCUUAAUUGUAUUACCAGUUUUAGUUGUAAAUUAUUGGGAUUAAUGGCCAGUUGAACGUGAAGCUCAAAAUUUAAUGUACAAAUAAUUAAGAAAAAUGUAUUAUAAUAUAUGAUUCAGUUAAACGAAAAUAAAUUAAGUAUUUAUUUUAGUUAUUAGGCCAGUUUAUUGAGUCAUAUAAGCUAAGCAUGAAUUAGAAUAAUUCCUAUUUAGUACUUAAUUUAUAUUAGUCCUUUUUGUGUUUUGAUAUAAUUUGAACUUGUGUUAUUUGAUGUUUUGUUGGUUGUUCGUUCGUUUGUUGAAGAUUUUUAUACUUUUAUACAUUCCUUGUAUUGCUCAUGCUAUUAACUAGUUGAAUGAUCAUUAUAAACCAGAAUUGAAA